GACGUGGCGCUGGUUUCUGUCAGGUCCUGUAAGCAAGUGUAAAAGGCUUCCUUGGAACGCUCGCUAUUUAUUCGUUUUCACUGUUUAAUCAACGAAGCGUUCAGUUAAACAUGUCUGGAAGAGGCAAAGGCGGUAAAGGGCUCGGAAAAGGAGGCGCUAAGCGUCAUCGCAAAGUUUUGCGUGAUAACAUCCAGGGAAUCACCAAACCCGCCAUCCGUCGUCUCGCUCGCCGUGGCGGUGUCAAGCGCAUCUCCGGUCUGAUCUACGAGGAGACCCGCGGAGUGUUGAAGGUGUUUCUGGAGAAUGUUAUCCGCGAUGCCGUCACCUACACCGAGCACGCCAAGAGAAAGACCGUGACCGCCAUGGAUGUUGUGUACGCGCUGAAGCGACAGGGACGCACCCUAUACGGCUUCGGAGGUUAAAAACCUAAAAUCAAGAAAAACUACACAAACUCAACGGCUCUUUUAAGAGCCACCUACUCUAUCACAUUAAGAGUCCAAUGUUUUAACCAUGUGAAGUUAGUUACAAAACUUUUAUUUUUUUUGAAUUUCUCUCCCUGAAUCCAGGA